AUGAGUAUCAUAGCUCUCAUUCUCUUCUCUUCCAUCCUCGGGUUUCUUCUCUAUUGUCUCUCUGCCCUUCGUAAUCGCAAACUCGUACCCGUAGCACUACCUCCAGGUCCAAAACCAUGGCCUAUUAUUGGAAAUUUACCACACCUAGGGACCAAACCACACCAAUCCAUUGCAGCCCUGGCUCGGACCUAUGGUCCGCUCAUGCACCUCAGGCUCGGGUUUGUCCAUGUGGUUGUGGCAGCAUCGGCGUCGGUUGCAGCGCAGUUCUUGAAGACCCACGAUGCCAACUUUUCAAGCCGACCACCCAACUCUGGCGCCAAGCAUAUUGCUUACAACUACCAGGACCUUGUGUUUGCACCCUAUGGUCCUCGGUGGCGCAUGCUUAGGAAAAUUUGUUCUGUACAUCUUUUCUCGGCUAAGGCCUUGGAUGAUUUCCGCCAUGUGCGCCAGGAGGAGGUGGCAAUACUCACACGCGCUAUAGCAAAUGCAAGCAAGAAGCCUGUGAACCUAGGCCAAUUACUGAACGUAUGCACGACAAACGCGCUGACGAAGGUGAUGCUGGGCAAAAGAGUGUUCGGUGACGGAAGCGGUGGUGAAAAUCUGAAGGCUGAUGAGUUCAAAUCAAUGGUCGUGGAGUUGAUGGUCCUGGCGGGUGAGUUCAACAUCGGUGACUUUAUCCCUGCCCUGGAGCCCUUGGAUUUGCAAGGCGUGGCAAAGAAGAUGAAAAAGCUGCACGCGCGAUUUGACUCAUUCUUGAGUACGAUUUUAGAAGAGCACAAGAUGAACGGUCCGGGUGGGACUACACAACACGUGGACUUGUUGAGUACGUUGAUUUCGGUUAAGGAUGAUGCUGACGGUGAGGGUGGGAAGCUUACCGACACUGAAAUUAAAGCCUUGCUUUUGGUAAGUCUCUCUUUACUUGUCUUCCAUUUUCUCUGUUUCCUUUCUUUUUUGUUUUUUUGUUGGGGUCAUUACAAUUCAUGUUGCUUGGUGUAUGCAGAGGGUCCUUCGCAAAUCUUCUUGAUUAUCUAUCAUUUACUAUAAAUCUAAUGGAUCACCCACUAAUGCAUUUUGGCGAAUUUAAUACCGGAAAAAUUAAAAGAAUCUGAUACUAGAGUUAUUUUUAUUAUUAGGAUUCUUUUUUGGGAAUGAUUUAAUUGUUAUUUUUGUUCUCUUUUUUCCGAGUGAUAGAGUUUAGUCUUAUGUAUGGUUGUACACUUUACUUAUUCUAUUUGACAUAAAUGUUCUUUUACAACAUUCCACUUAAAGUAUGAU